AUGAUACAAUAGUCUUCAGAAAAUAUGCUGCAAGUAAAAUCUUCAGAAAAUGUUCUGCAAGUGAAACUUUCUGGAAAAAACUCUUAAACAUUAAUAAACAUUUCAAAGAAAGCAGAUUCGUUCAUUUACGAUGAAGAAGCACAUUAAAAUAAUACUAAUCGUUUAAAUAUUGCAGAACUUUCUUUUGGGGGAUCAAUAGAGUAAUCUAAUAUAUCUUAAAAUAAUUCAAUUAUAGGAUUUAAAAAUGAUUAAGAUGAGAAUUUGCUAAAAAAUAAAAGUUAAAAUUAUUGCAAAUAUAUCAUAAAUAAUGAAACAGCAACUGAUUAUGUAGAAUAAGAUUUGAGGAAUAGCUAAAAGAUUAAAAAUGUAGGCUCCCCUAUAAAGUAGAAUCAUACAAGAAUACUUCAAGAAAGAGCAAUAGAUAAAAUAUAAAAAGCAGAAUUUUCAAAGACACAACAAUUGUCAAUAAAUAAUGCACCACCUGCUUAAAUUGAUGAACAAACCAAAAUUAUUUCAAAUGGAUUGAAUAGUAUAGAUAAAGUAAUUAGGAUAAUUACUUUUAUAAAACCUUAAGUAUUGAAAUUUUUUGAAAACUAUACUAUGAGUGGAAGAUAUCGUUAAUUCAAUUUGGAUUCAAGACUAUUAGUUAAUGACAGAAUAGAUUUUAGCUAAUAUAUCUCAACAAAAAAACCUUCAUUUGUUAAAUAAAUCUUAAAUGCUUUUUACUCUGUUUUCCUAUUGAUGAUAGAUACUUUCUUUUUGUUAUUAAGUAAAUUACCUCUAAUUAAUCCAGAAAAUAAAAUACGAAUAAUUAUAACUUCUAUAAUUGUUUGCUAUAACUGCUUUUAUCUACUUCUAGUUUCCUUUACAGUUUUCUUUGAAGCUGAAUUCGAAGGGCUAUUUGAAAUAUUAUCUAAUAUCGCAAAUGGAGCUUGGGUAUUUGAAAUGCUGAUAUCAAUGAAUACCUCAACUUAUCACGAAGGUGAGUUUGUCACUGAUCGAAGAAUCAUUUUUAAAAUUUAUACUAAGGAAUACUUGCUUUUUGAGAUUCUUCCUCUUAUUUUUGAUGGCAAAUCCUCUUCAAAUAUAACGUUAGAUAUACUUUACAAGCUGCCUUUAUUACUUAAACUAAAAGGAAUGUCAAUAGUAUUGAUUAAACUUGAAUUUUUAAUCCUUCAGCACUUAAAAAAGCACUAUAUUUUAUUAAUAAUCAAACUACUUCUAUAAAUUCUAUUGCUAACUCAUUUAAUGGCUUGCUCUUAUGUUGCUCUAGCAUAAUUUGAAAUGCAUUUUUUAAACAUUCAUAAUACGUGGAUCAAUUAAAGCUAACUAAUGGUAAGUGAAUAUAAAUGGUGGGUUGCUUAUUUUGAAGCAUAACUAUGGGCUUUCCAUACUAUGGGAAAUUCGUAUUCAAUUUCUGUUUCAACUUAAUUAGAAUAUGCUAUCACUUCUUUUUGGAUGCUCAUAUCAUGUGUUUUAUAUGCUUAUCUAGUCAAUACACUUGGAAGCAUACUCUAAAAUAUAAAUUUGAACUCAGAAAAUUAUAAAAAAGAUCUCAAUACUUUAAAUAAAUACAUGCAAAGAAAAAAAAUAGAUCUAGAGCUCUAAAGGAUAAUGAAUAUUCACUUAUAAAAUCAAUACGAACAAUAACUCUAAGUGCAAUUUGAUUAAGAAAAAGAAACUUUAAAUAAGUUAAGUUACCACAUGAGAAAUAAACUAUUUACAGAAUCUAACAAGAAUAUUAUCAAGUAAUUUAGCUUUCUAAAGCAAUUUUCUCAAUAGACACUUACAAGUGUUUACUAAAUAAUGCAAGAAGAGAGCUACACUGAAGGUUUAACAAUUCCAACUUUUGAUCUAAACUCUUAAGAUAGUUUUUUAUAUUUGAUUAUACAAGGAAGUGUUGACAUAAUCUAGCUUUUUUAGUUGAACCAGGAGGAAAAUGAUUUCCUUUAAGAAUACCAAAAUGAAGAAAAAAAGAAGUCAGCUGAUUAUCAAAAAAAAGGAUAAAAGGUGGUAAAAAGAUUGACUGUAGGAUAAACUUUUGGAGAAUAUGAAUUUUUUGCUAAUUCAUAGCUUCCUUACAAAAUCUAAAGCUGCAAAUAAACUAUUGUGAUUAAAAUAUCAUUGAAAUAAUUUAUCUAAAUUGUAAAUUAGAACAAAUAAGACUACUAAAUUUUCAUGGAAAUCAAGCAUAAGGUAUAAUUAAAUAACGAAAUGAGUAUAAUAAAAACUAACUGCAUAAUAUGUAAUGCAAAAAAUCAUCAUUUUUUAGAGUGUUUAUAGGCUCAUUUACCAAAGCAUCCUUAAUUUACUAUCUUCAAACAUACUUACUACCCUAGUCAAGAGAGAGAUACAAACUAUAAAAGAAUUAAAAGUAAGCAUGACAGAUGCUUAAUAAUAAAUACAAGUGAAUAAAAAUAAUUAGAAAAUGAAUUUGAAGAAGAUGUGACUAGCAUAGACCAAUACACUUAAGAUAAAGCGGAUCCUAACCAAAAUGAUAAUAAAUAAAUAUUAUAUGAAGUAAAUAGAAUUAGAAAAAAAAGUAGAAUGUAAGAAUCUUUGAAAAACAUAGAGGAAUAAAUGUAAGCUGAUCAAAUAUAAAUAGGUAUCAAAUCUUAAGAAUUUAAAAAUAGCGAAGUAUGGGAUAUAAAAAAUAAUAUUGAUGGUAAAAAUAAUUCUGAUAUUAAUAAUAACAUGAACAUUAGCUGUAAGAAAAAGUAAAUUUCGAAUUCUAAGCCUCUUAUUAAAAAACCUUCAAGUAAUGUUCAUAAUAUGGAUAAUAAAAUUUCUAGUGAAUAAUAAUUUAGUUAAUUUGAAACUUAAGAUAAGCAAAUGCUUAAAGGUAGUAAUAAAGUUAUUGAAUAAGAAAAUUAAACAGCUAUCUUUAGUCAUAAAUAAGAGUACAAAAAUUCAGAUAAAAAUGUAGAUACAAUUAUAAGUUUUACAAAUAAAUAUUUAGAACCUAGUUAUAAAAAUUAGAUUUAAAAUUAAGCAAUAAUAUAAAAUAAUAACCAUAGAAUAGUCUUUGAAGAAGCCUUUUAUAAAGACAAGUGGGAUAGCUCCAUUUUUUAUUGGUUAUUUGAUUUAAAAUGUGAGUUUCUUUAUUUUUUCCCUAGAAGUAAUUGUAAACAUGUCCUAAAAAGUUACGAAAAAAUUAUAAACCUAAAGAAAGAAAAAACUAAAAAAAAAUUAGAAAAAAACAAAACUACUUUAUUUAAAAAAUGA